CCGUUAAUUGCCGAAGAUGAACUCAAAGAAUUUUCAGCAAUAGAAACCGAAUUGGUAUUAUUUGACAAGGAAUUCAAAUUGUUUCUUUCAGCAAGAUUGGAAGGUGUGAUUUUAAAAAAAAAUAUUUGUAAAAAAAGUGGUAUUCGCAUAACAUCCAAAGUCCAUGUCUUAGUCGCGCAAGACUUUAUUCCUAAUCUGGAAAAUAAACCUUAUGUUAAUCACAUAAAUGGUGUCAAACAUGAUAAUCGGGUUGUUAAUUUAGA